CGAAUCUCAUGAUUUUGUUUUGUUUGUUUGAAAAAUUGUUUUUCUCAAUUCAUUUAACCAAAGAAGAUGUCGACCACUUCAACAAUAACUUCAACAACAACAACAACGAAUGAAUUAUCAGUGUUAAAAUGUUAUCAUAAUCAAACAAUAUUCAUUACCGGUGUCACUGGAUUUGUUGGUAAAGUAUUAUUGGAAAAAAUCCUUAGACAAUGUUCAAUCGAACGUAUUUAUGUAUUGAUACGGAAUAAAUAUUCUGAAACAUCACAACAACGAUUGGCAAAAUUAUUACAAUCAUCACCAGUAUUUGCAUUACAUCAAUCAAAAUUUGAUAAAAUUCAUGCAAUUAAUGGUGAUAUUACAGCAAAAAAUUUAGGAAUUUCCAUCGAAGACCGGCAAAAAUUAAUCAAUGAAGUUAAUAUUGUAUUUCAUUCAGCUGCAACCAUUAGUUUUGAUGGUAUUUUACAGAAAUUCAUUCAGCAAAAUAUUGAUGGUACUGAUUCUAUACUACGUUUAUGUAUGGAAAUGAAACAAUUAAAAUCAAUUGUUUAUGUAUCAACUGCAUAUGGUAAUUGUCAUUUAAAAGAAAUUGAAGAAAAAAUCUAUCCAAUUGUUCAACAUCAAGAUUUUGAAUCAUAUUUAAAUGAUUUACGUUUAAAUUAUAAUGAUUUAAGUUUAAAGAUUGGACAUGAAGCAUUAAAAAAUCGUCCAAAUCCAUAUACAUUAUCCAAAUCGAUUGCAGAAUGGAUGAUUCAAGAACGAUAUCAAUCAUUACCGAUAAUUAUUUGUCGACCAUCAAUUAUUGGAAACGCAUAUGAAGAACCAAUACCUGGUUGGUGUGAUUCACCGGCCGGUGUUGCUGGCGCUAUACUUUGUACUGGUCUUGGUAUUUCACGUUUUGUUAUUAUGGAUGCUCAGGCAAAAGCAGAUAUAAUUCCAGUUGAUUUAGUCGUGAAUUCAUUAAUUAUUGCCGGUACAUAUCGUUGUUCAACAUUAUUUAAUAAUGAUAAAAAAAUUAUCAAUAUUACAAUGGGCGAUCAAUCAAUAACAUGGGGAAAAUUAUUUAAUGAAAUUAGUUCAUUUAAAUAUCAAAUACCACCAAUGAAAUGUGUAAGAAAUUUAUCAAUUCAUAUAAAUUCAUCUAAAACAUUCCGAGAUCGAUUGUUUUUACAAACAAAAAUAAUAUUUUCACAUUAUUUAUUUGCAUAUUUUUUCGAUCUAAUUUGUUUAAUAUUGGCACAAAAACCAAUCAUGAUAAAAUUAAUGGAUCGUAUUCAUAAAGGAUUUUACCUAUUGGAACCAUUUUCCUGUAAUCAAUGGAUAUUUUAUAAUAAUAAUAUACGUGAAAUUCGAAAAUUAUUACCAGAUAAUGAACAAUCAUUAUUCAAUACAAAUGUUGAUUCAAUUGAAUGGAAAAAAUAUUUUUUCGAUAUUGCUAUCGGUUGUCGUCGAUACCUGGCUAAAGAUCCUGAUUCAACCAUUGAAAUUGCUAAACGUCGUUAUAAUCGUAUUGAAAUUAUUUAUAAAAUUAUUAUCUUAAUUUUUCAUUCAUUAUUAUAUUGGUCAUUUAAAUCAAUAAUGAUUAAUCGAUUUUUAUCAUCAUCAUCAUUUCAGAUUAUUGAUUUCUUCUUUAUUUGUUAUAUUGUUUAUCAUUUAUAUCAAAUUAAUGGUAAUAUUAUCAAAGAAUUUCAAUCAAUAACUAAACAUUUUUCUAAAUGUUUUUUG